UUUGGGGUGUACUCUCACCACUCGUUGCUCCUCCUGUGGAAUACAGGAGGAGCGGUGCGUGAGAGGGAGGGCAUCACUCGGCAAGCGCGCUUGGAAGGGCGUCUGUUGCUCGGAGCAGAGGGUGACCUCUGUAUAGCGCCAUGCCGAGCCUCUUGCCCUCGGCGCUGCUCCUCCUGGCUCUGAGCGCCCACUGCUGCAGCCUCUACUCACCGGGCCUCACCACCACACCGCACCUGGACAGGUGGCGGCAGCAGCACCGACGACCGAGGGCGGUGACCUCACAGCAGCCCCCGGCUUUGUUCACGGCGCAAGGAGGACCACGGGUCACGCUGGACGAGGGGAGCCCGGCGCCCGGCGAGGAGGGACAGAGCAGCGGGAAUAACGAGCCGGUGGAUGGGGGAGGCGGUGAGGCCGUGGGCGGGAGCUCAGCCGCCACCACGCUGGACCCCGGUCACCCCCUUCGACCCACCACCCCAUUAUUUAGUCGGGCAACCGAGUCAGCAGGUGACCGCACGCCUCCUCCGCACUUCAACCCAGGCAAUGACACCGAUGCUAACCGAAACAGCAGUAGAGAUGGCAGCAGCGAGGAGGGCAGCUCAUGGACAAGGUCCCUUGCCUGCUCCGCGCUGCCCGCCUUCACGUUCCUGCUCCUCUGGGGGCUCUUCAACUGUGCCAUCUUCGCGCGGCGUGGGGUGGUCGCCCCCGCCGCCGCCGCCGACCGUCUGCGCUGCUUCGCCGCCACCGCCAACGCGCUCCUGCUCGCGUUCGCGGGCCUCCGCGUCGCCCUCACGGCGCUCGUGCUCUGGUCGGCCGAGCUGCAGGGGCUGAUCGCCAGCUCCCUGCCGCCGCAGCUCCGCGGAGGAGAGCGGCGGCUUCUCCGCCGCGGGCUUCGCCGUGCUGGUGGCGGCGGUGAGCCUCCACGAGCUGGCGCUGCCCUGCCUGGCCACGGCGUUCGCGGCGCUGCUCCUGCACUUCGUCCCACCUGCCGCUGCCUGCCCGCAAGCCCUGCCCCCUGCCGUCGUCGCCGUCGUCCUCCUCUUCCCUGUCGCUGAUUUCGUCGUCCCUUCCGUCGCCGGCGAGCGGCCGCGCCCGCGGCGCCCUGCUCGCCGUCGUCUUCUCGACAGCACCUGUGCGUUGCCGCGCUGGCGUGCCUCGCCUUCGCGAUGCGGCCGGCGAAGGCCGUCUUCCUCCUCGCCGUGCCGCGGGGAUUCCUCGUCGUCUGGGGCCUCGCGCUCGCCGGCGUUUGCCUGGCCACGGCGGCCUGCGGGCCCGUGGGCGGCACUGGCCGGAGCGACCGCCGGCAGGCGUCGACGGCGAUCAGAGCGUGCUUCGCCGGCUCGUCGUGCCUGCUGAUGCUCGCGUGCUGCCUGCACGGCGCCGAGGCCGUCUUCACGGUGCUGGGGGUCGGCGCGGGGACCGGGGUGGGGCCGCCCCUGCUCGCCGCCCGUCUCGUGUGCGAGCUGUGCGCCGCGCUGGCCCUAUGCGCCGCGUCGUCGCUGUGGCUGCGUCGCGGACCCCGCGCAGGGUUCACCGCCGCCGCCGCCGCCUCUUCGUCGCGGCGGUGGCAGCAGCAGGAUGAGGCGGAGAUGACGGACGAGGCGCGAAAGCGACGCGCGAAGCGGAACGGAAGACAUUCGGCACCUGUUGAAGCACGCGGACGUCAAGGGCGCCUCCUAUGACAGCGUGAGACCGGUGCUGGCGGGAGAGAUCCGGGAGCCAGCGUCGGAUCCUCCGAGCCCCCGGUGCGUGGCGGACGGCGCCACGAUGGGGUCGACCGUGAGGUUCAGCGUCGGGGACGAGCGAGUUCAGCUCCUCCAGGGCAACGGGGAGGAAGAAGUGGACGACGAGGUGGAGUGCAGCAGCGGCGGCGCCAGUGGCAGCAGCGCGAGCCGAGGGUACAGCUGGCGCGACGCGAGUCUGGCUGCGGCGAUCGGGAGCGAAGAGGACAACCAGAGCAGCCUUCGCGAGUUUACGCAGAGGCCGAGGUACGGCAAUUUCGCCGGUGGUGGUGGCGGCGGUGGCGACUAUGAUGUGCCGAGCGGCGCCUUCCGAGCUGGCGAUUUCAUCUUGGCGGCCAGCGCUCCCUCGUGGGACGACUUCAUCCGACCGCCGUCGCCGAUAAACCUACAGGGGAGCAUCGACGAUGCGCUGUGGCGUCGCUCGCUCAUAGUCCGGAGCCUCUUCGAGGAGGAGGAGGAGGACGACAACAAUGAUAAUGAGAAGCAGGUGGCCAGGAAUGCGGGUGAAGAUGGAUAGCAGCCAUGUAUAUGCGUGGACAGCCCAUGUUUUGUGUCAGUCUACUGCUGGAUGAGGGGCCUCCCCACACAUGCGCGAGUCGUGCGAGGCUGCUCUGACUAUUUACCGCACGCUCGGUUGGUGAAGGUGGGUGAUGGAUAGAUGUGGGAGCAUAGAAGUACAGUACAGCAGAGGAAUUUUGCCACACUGCCAUCUGCUGCCCACCACGUGAUGACCCCACUGCAGCCCGAUCAUAACCUCAUCCGUCCAAGGCGAGGGGCUUGUGUACGCCAGAGCGCAGCACGGCGACGGGCCGGUGGUUGAGCGAUCGUGGCUGAUGGAGGGGAUGGCUUCCAGCUCACCGUGUGACCCCGGUGAGCAACCGCAGAAGUUGCGUAGCGCUAUCAAUGCUCAAAUGCGGUCGUACGCAAAACAAGCACGCCCGCAGCGGAAGAGUUGCACGUCUUCCCCGUCGAUGGCUCGCCUCGACUUUUUGAAAUGGAAUUAAACAUGAACGUGCACUAGCCAAGCACAGCUGCAAGCGAUGCUUGGUGUAAUCGUUGUUGUUGUUGUUGUGAUGCAAGGGCUCUUAUUUAAUGAUGAUGAUGGUGAGCGUUUACACUCGGCUGUCUCGCACCAUACCACGCAUUGUGGGCAACAGAGGGCGCCAAUACUCAACGGAAUAAAUCCGACUCGACAUUUGCAAGUGUCUCUUCAGCAUACUCGACAGCCUUCCCGAUACCCUAACCCUCCAAACUUGCAGACGAUCCAAAAUAACGAUGCCAAAACUCCUCACCCGCACCAAUAGAUGAGACCACGUCAGCCCAAUGCUGUUAUCUCUCUACUGGUUCCCAAUCAAUGCCACAUCAAUUUAAAGAUUGCUCCCAACGUCUUUAAAAUGCUACAUGAACUUGCGCCUGCAUGUCGGCACUCUCAUCUUGCUCAACUCCUCUCCAUGAACUAACUAUCUGUUCCAGAACCGAAAGCUUUUUGGUAAAACCGCGAUGGCGAGAUGUUAACUACCUCGCCUGGUAUACAGGAGAUUGUGGGUUCCAUCCAGACCCUCACGACUGCUGUAUAUUUGGAGUUUGCAUGUUCUCUCUCCCCGUGGUCCCGUGGAUUUAUAUUCGGGUCCUCCGGUUUUUAACCUUCUACAUUUAGAAUCAACGUGCGAUUCGAGUAUUUGGACUAUCUGCGGUACAUCAGUGCAGCAUAACACACCGGUCCUCAUAAACAGCGUCUAAAAUCUAAAUUUGAACCGAUGUUCGUCUUCUCACUGCUUCGACAUCACAAGAACCGAUUUUGACGCACCACCAACCCGCAAGAUUUUUUUUACCAGGGUUGCUAAUCGCGGGAAAAUAAAUAAUGAUUGCGUUUUAUUGUUUUACCACAAACCGGUGUACCGCCAAUUCGUUAAUUUGGCUGCUAUAAAUUUAUACUUGGCGAGCCACUUCGUUGAGCUGUCAUUUUUUAAAUCCUUUAUAUUAAGUUCACUUGCUUGCUUGCGUGCUUGCUUGCUUACGACCGUGCAAAUCUUUCGGUCGUUUUUUAACCCACUUCCCGUGAUCCAAUGGAGCUGACAUUUUGCACACAGACUCGUUGUGCGUGACAAUUAAUUUUCGUGAAUUUUUUUUCUCCAAAAUUUUACACUGUUUAGGGAAAAAUAAAUAAAUAUUUAAUUACCAAUUGCUUAAUGGUGGCAGACAAUCAUCUGACCCAUAGGUGGCAGCCAUCUCAAGCCAGAGGACGAGAGGACUCUAGCCGCCCCGAUGCCACGCAUAUAAAGGAUUUAUAGUGAAAAACUUAGUUUUUACGGGUUCAUUUUGGACAGGUUGUUUCUGAAAAAGAGCUACGUAGCUCAGUGGGCCUUACCUGGAAAAAAAUAUAGUUUAGUUUUAACAUGUGCACAGGGGCUCUGAUUAUUUAGGGGUCCCCAAAACACUCUGAACGGUUUAUGUCCAUUGAUGCCUUUGUCUUUCUCUGUAUCUCUCACAAUGUGUCUCUAAGUGGCUUGUGUGGAAAUGUAAGCGGCCAAAUGCUCAAAGUAUGUUGAUUCUAAAUUGUGAAGGGAAAAACCGGACCUGGAGUAAAAUCCACGCGCCCCUGGGGAAAGAGAGAGAGACGCGGACCCCAGCGUCAGGGUUGGGAUUGAACCCACGACCUCCUGCAUACCAGACGAGGGAGAUGGCACUGGGUCAUACCAGAGGCAAGAAUACCCACCACUGGCUGAGGACUGCCGAUGGUGACGAGGGCCUUCUAGCACUUCCUACAACACGGGGAAUAGUUUUGUAAAUACUUUACACGAAUAACGGUUUUUAAAAGCUUUUAGACAAAACGCAAGUAUAUAUUUAUAUUUAAAAAAGUACGGGUCGCAUAAACAUUCGGCUAAUUCUUAACAAGCCGUAGAGAGGGUAACACACUGGUAAGCAGGGACAUAAUUUGAGAAACCCUGGGGCCAGCCAAGUGCCACAUUGUCUGUAACCCAAAGCAGUUUUCAAUAACACUCGCGGGUGUUGAAAGAAGCAAAACAUACAAGGGGGGUGGGUUCAUGUAACCGGUCGCUGACGGACAAAGCGAGACCGUGCAAUGGAAUAGAAAAAAAUGAGUGAACUCACGGCCCGUGACCACGAGGGGCCUAUCACUUAAGACACGGCCAGUAAAACGAUGUGUAUCCGUCCCUGCAAAGGAUCUUAGCAGCACGACUCGGGUACGAGAGGAGAGGUCUUGCGUGCUCGGUCACUUGUGUCACUUCAAGAGGUCCUCGCAUGCGAGAGGUGAUUGUGGCGCGCGCGCGUCUGAAUGUGGUUGCUCGCAGAGGGGAGCGGUGUAGUGCAAGUGGUUCGCGCUACGCUGCACUACGGAACCCGGCGUCCCAGGUUCGAUUCACGUUCACGACCAACACCAGUGUGACGAUUAUCUGAACUCGUUCUGGGCCUCCCCUAGGUCGACUAAGCCUCAAAUGAGCACCUGGUGUAGUGUGUAAACAUCGCCACUCGGGAGACUAAGGCGUCUGGGCAUGGUGCUGGCCACCCAACCCCUCAAGUGCCACGCCAGCCUUUACAGGCGCUUGCUAAGAGCACUUGUCCCAAAAGUCUAAAGUUAUACGGGGGAUUAAGUGCGGUGAUACGCCCACUGCGCUAUAAACCUAGCGACCCGAAUUCGAUUCCAACUCUUGACCAAUUAGUGGCGUAUGUUUGAACCGGUCCUGGGCGUCCCCUAGGUCGACUCAGCCUUAAAUUAGUAUCUUUUGUGGUGUGUAAACAUAAGCACUAGGAAGGCAAAAGGUGGCCAGGAGUGGUGUUGGCCACCCUUGUUUGCUAAAUGCUCGCUAACAGCACGUGUCCGUCCAAGGCAAUAUGGGGAAUCUUUGUUUUGGUUGCUGGCCAAAGGUAUAAAAUGAAAGUCCCAAUUCUAUUUUUAUUUUACCAGGUAAGGCCCACGGAGCUAUAUAGCUCUUUUUCAGAAGCGACCAGGCCACAAAUGAAAGCUCAACGAAGUGGCCUAUCAUGUGGACUUUGAAAGCAGCCAAAUACUUUCUAAAUGUAGAGCGAAAAACUGGAAAACCCGGAGAAAAAUCCACAUUACCACGAGGAGAGAGACAUUCAAACUCCAAAUAUAUGGCAGGCUUCAAGGUCGGGAUCGAACCGACCACCUGUAUUCCAUGCGAGGUAAAUAACAUCUCGUCCCUCGGCAAGGUAAAAGUUACCCCCCCCCUCCCCCGAACCUAAUGCUGCAUCCAAACGCGGGGGGGACUUGUUGCUUGUGUGAUGUGACAGAGAGGCAAACACGUCAGUCUGCUG